AUGGGAAGCUCGGCCGACUCGCCAUCCGGCACAGGCCACGUCGGCCUUCGUCUGCCGAGCCCUCCUCGAGCCCAACCGACGACCUCCCUUCCCUCCCACGUCAUGGACGGCGCGAGCGACGAGGGCGACGUGCCGGGAGCGCAGCGCCCCGUCGACGGUGACGCGAGAGACGCCGGCCGACCCGACAUGUCCCACGCGGCGGCGGCGUCGACAAAGGCAUCGACGCGCAGGGGAUUCACGGCACCGGUGCCCAAGAGAGGCAGCAUCGCGAGCGUGACAAACGGCUCCCUUCGCCAGGCCCCGAGCUUGACGACGCGCAACCACGUGCCUUCGCUGACUUCAAACGCCUUCUACCGGCCCAUGAGCUCGCAGAAGCUGCAGGCGCAGCGAGGCGGCACCGUGCGACCCCUCGCCGUCGCCCAGGUGCCGUCGCCGCCGCCGCUGGGUGACGUCGACGACGCUGCGACCGACCUCGACGGCAGCGUCGUUGGCCGCAGCGUGACGUCGCCCAGCGUCGACGCCCAUCGCCGCCACGGCAGCCGCACCCACGCGAGGGCGCCCUCGCGAGGCACCGACGUGACGGAGCGGGAGAAUUCCGAUCGCGUCGUCCUCGCCAACGCGAGCUCGUCGCAGGGGCACCAGACGGCUGGCAGCCUGCCCGAGAGCGUCCGGCCGCUCCACGGUAGAUCGGAGCCUCGCCACCUCAGCGUCAACGUCGAGCGGCACCUGCAGGACCUCGGCGCCAUGCCGAGCCCGAUGAAGUCGUCACGCUCGUUCCGCUCGAGCUUCCUGCUCCCCGGCAAGGGUGACCACGGGCAGUCGAGCCAGAAUCGAAACACCGAUGGUGCCGAGAAGCUGUCGUCGGCGAACUCGUCCCCCCGGCUGCAACCCGUCGACUCGCGAGGCCGACCGACGUUUCCGCCGGCUCCGACGCCGACGCGGCCCGCCGGCGCCGGCCGCGUGCAUGAGCACUUUGACGGCAAUACCGUCUUCUGCCUCGGCGGCCGCUGGCAGAACACGCGGCACACGCCCGUCAACGUGGCGACGGGCCUCUUCGUCGUCGUCCCCUGCGUCCUCUUCUUCGUCUUCGAGGCGCCCUGGCUGUGGCGCAACGUCUCGCCCGCGAUACCCGUCGUCUUCGCCUACCUCGCCUACCUCUGCCUCUCCUCCUUUGUCCACGCCUCCGUGUCGGACCCCGGUAUCCUGCCGCGAAACCUCCACCGAUACCCCCCGACGCCCGACGACGACAAUCCCCUGCGCGUGGGCCCACCGACCAACGAUUGGACGCUGAUAAAAUCGGCCGAGGCCGGCGCCGCCGCCAUGGAGGUGCCCGUCAAGCACUGCCGGACCUGCGACAUCUGGCGUCCGCCCCGCGCCCACCACUGCCGCCUCUGCGACAACUGCGUCGACACGCACGACCACCACUGCGUCUGGCUCAACAACUGCGUCGGCAGGCGCAACUACCGGUACUUUUUCGCCUUUGUCACCUCGGCGGCCCUGCUGGCCGCCUACCUCGUCGCCGCGAGCCUCGCCCAGCUUCUCCUCCACACGAGGCGCGAGCGCGUCACCUUUGGCGAGAGCAUCGGCCGCUUCCGCGUUCCCUUUGCCCUCGUCGUCGUCGGGCUCGUCGAGUUUCUGUACCCCGCCGCCCUGAUGGGAUAUCACGUCUUUCUCAUGGCCCGAGGGGAGACGACGCGCGAGUACAUCAACUCGCACAAGUUUCCCAGGAGCGAGCGGCACCGAGCCUUUAGCCAAGCCGGCGUCCUCCGGAACCUCGCCGCUGUGCUCUGCCGCCCCCGCCCGCCGACGUCGUACCGCUUCAAGGCGCCGUACCGGCAGGGCGAUCAGCGACUCCGCGCCGCCGCGAGGCCGGGCUCCCGAAACGACGCGCAGGGGCACGAGAUGGGCUCCAUGCCGCCCGAGCCGACGCAGGCCUUCCAAGGACCGCUGUCGCUCCGAGGGCCGAGCCGGCCGUGA